ACAUUGUCCUGCUGGAAUACAGCGGAGAAAACUAAUACAAUUUCCAUGGAUUGGGCAUUGGUUUUGUGGUUGUGGGCUUUGCUUUAUGUUCAGUACUGUAGUCGUGGGUGUCUUGGGUGCUUGGAUAAGGAGAGGACUUCUCUCUUGGAGAUCAAAGCUUCCAUCAAUUAUCCGAAUGGGUCUUCUCUUCCUGCAUGGGAGGAUGGGACUGACUGCUGUAAUUGGGAUGGAAUCAAGUGCAACAAUGCAACAGGCCGAGUGACUGAAAUUUCUCUCGGUUGGACAAGGGAAUACGAGUUGGGAGAAUGGUAUCUGAAUGCCGACUUACUUCUAUCCUUUGGAGAACUGCAGAGCCUCGAUUUGUCCUCGAAUAACCUGGGUGGUUGGGUUGAUCAUGAAGGACGUUAUCUAUAUGCAGGUUUCAAUAGAUGGUCGAGAUUGAGCAAGCUAGAGCACCUUGACCUGAGCUAUAACUCAUUCAAUGAAACCAUCUUACCGUAUUUGGGCGCACUCUCAUCCCUCAAGAGCCUUGAUCUAGAAAUGAAUGAUCUAGAAGGAUGCUUCCCGUCAAAAGAAUUGGCCAACUUGAGCAAACUGGAGGUUUUGGAUUUGAGAUAUAAUCGACUCAAUGGUUCCCUAUUUCUGCAAGGGAACUUGAGCAAACUGGAGGUUCUGGAUUUGAGUAAUAAUCUACUAGAUGGUUUCCAAAUCCUCCAAGAUUUGUGCAAUCUUGAGAAUCUCCAAGAACUGGAUCUUCAAGGAAAUGAAUUGGAAGGGAGCCUUCCUCCAUGUCUCAGCAACUUGUCAUCCCUCCAACUACUUGAUCUCUCCGCGAAUAGACUCAGUGGGCAAAUCUCCUCAUCUCUCAUAUCUAGCCUCGCAAUGAUCCCGUUCCUUUCUCUCUCCUCCAACCGCUUCGAAGGGUCUCUCUCAUUUAGCUCAUUUGCUAAUCUUUCCAAGCUCGAGGUUGUGGAACUUUCAGUACUGGAAGGUGCAUAUCCUGAGGGCGAUGUUAUAACUUAUCCCAAUCAGUUGGAGGUUGAAACUGAAUCCACACAUUGGGUUCCUAAAUUCCAGUUGGAAGUCCUCCACUUAUCAAACUGCAACAUCAACAAGCUCACUGGUACCAUUCCCACCUUCCUUUCCAGCCAACAUAACCUGUUGUCAUUAGACCUUUCCCACAACAACAUGAAGGGAAAGUUCCCAUCUUGGUUGUUAGAGAAUAAUGAAAGACUACGAGUUCUAGACCUAGGAAGCAAUUCCUUAGUCAGCCCAUUCCAUCUGCCAACUCAUUCUAGAAACCUGGAUUUAUCAUUGUUGGACGUCUCCAACAACCAAAUCUACGGACAACUUCCUGAAAAUAUCGGCUCUCUCCUUCCAAAUAUAGAAUACUUAAACAUGUCUACAAAUGCUCUCCAUGGUACCAUUCCUCCCUCGGUGGGCAACAUGACACAAAUUUAUACUUUAGAUUUGUCGAGAAACAAAUUUUCGGGAGAAAUACCAGAGCAAUUGGCCAUUGGUUGCAUCUCAUUGAAAAAUUUGAAGCUAUCAAACAAUAGAUUACAAGGCCCAGUGUUUCCGACUCAUUCGAACUUGAUACAGUUACAGUAUCUGUAUUUGGAUGGGAAUAUAUUCACGGGGAAGAUCUCAGCUGGUAUAUUCAAAAGCCCACAACUAGAGAUUUUGGAUGUUGGUAAAAACAACAUAUCCGGUCAUCUUCCUACACAGAUUGGGAACUUUACUGAAUUGAAGUCGCUUUCUAUGUCAGAUAAUUAUUUGGAAGGUUCCAUUCCAGUCGAGUAUUGCAACCUCUACAGUCUUUCCCUUUUGGACCUAUCUGAAAAUAGAAUUUUUGGACCCAUACCUUCUUGCUUCAAUCUAUCUUUGAGCUUCUUACAUUUGCAAGGAAAUGAGCUUACAGGAUUCAUGCCAAAUGCUUUAUCCAAAAUCUCCUCCCUUGUUACAUUGGACGUCAGGAACAACAAGAUAUUUGGUAAUAUUCCAAGUCGGAUUGGUUCAAUUUCUAAUUUAAGGGUUCUUCUCCUCAGAGGAAAUAAUUUGCAAGGUCGCAUUCCCACGCACUUAUGUCAACUGAAGAACAUCAGUAUAUUAGAUCUUUCACAUAAUAAUCUCUCUGGGCCAGUACCGCCAUGCUUUGGUAAUAUGACAUUCGGGAGGGCAAGAGUAACAGACUUUCUAACUUUUGUUGUCUCUCAAGAGACCUAUGAUGGCUAUUUAGAUUUAUUCCAUGGACGUGGAUAUCGUAUUGAUAUUAGUGUGCCUAUGAAACUUUCCUAUGCGGCAUCAAGUAACGAAGAAGUGGAGUUUAUAACAAAGAGGAGGUCUGAAACUUACAAGGGCAACGUUCUUUACUUUAUGUCUGGUUUGGAUCUGUCAUGGAACCAGUUAACAGGUGAAAUCCCCCCUGAAAUUGGACAUCUAACUGCUAUUCAUGCAUUGAACUUGUCCCAUAAUCAAUUGACUGGACCAGUUCCAGAAACCUUCUCAAACCUAAAACAGAUUGAGAGCAUGGACCUUUCUUACAACAGAUUGAGUGGGAAAAUUCCUCCUCAACUUACUGAUCUCAACUUCCUAUCUACAUUCACAGUGGCCCACAAUAACUUAUCUGGUAGGACACCUGACAUGAAAGGGCAGUUUAGCACCUUUGGAGCAACCAGCUAUGAAGACAAUCCUCUACUCUGUGGUCCACCGCUGAAGGGUUGCUUCUCUACUUCUCUGCUACCACCUUCAAUGCCAACAACAUCAGAAGAGGAGGAAGACAGUUAUGACAUAAUCUUCUAUGCAUGCUUUUCGGCGUCCUGCACCAUCUCGUUCUUGGUUUUCAUCUCUCUUCUCUACAUCAACCGCUACUGGCGAGGUCUAUAUUUCUAUAUGGUCGAUGCUUGUAUCUAUUCAUGCUAUUAUUUUGCUAUAGAAAGCUACUAUUUUGCUUUAGACAACCUUCGCAAGGUUUUCCCCUGGCUACUUGCAUAACCUUCAAGCCAGAACAGUUUCUCCCUGUAACUCAAAUUGUAAGACAAUAUAAUAAGCAUGUUCAUGGAAGACGGUGCUUUUAUUUCAAACCAAGUUUCCCUUUUUA